AUGAUUGCUAAGAAAAUAUUCCUCGCCAUUGCUUCGUCAACCUUUACUCUUGCUCUCAGCCCAGUUGGGAGCGGUACCUGGACUUCGGUCAGCCCUAGCUUCAGUGUCCAGGAAUGUGCUGGAGGCAGUGUGUCUGGAGAUACUUUUACUCUCCCAACAUCUCCCAAUGGCAGUACUAGCGGAGCAGGCUGCUCCAACGGCCACUUGCGCGCCGAGCGUCGCUAUAACAACGACUACACCUCUGGAAUUCACCAGUUUGGAGGCGAGUUCACGAUCACCUCCCUGACCGGUGACCGCAUCGCGCUUAAGCAGACCUUUAACGGUAGCACUGGACCGUAUUUCAUCAUGGGUAUUAAGAGCACUGGCGACAUCUACGAUGUAGAGGGUGGCGCAACCAUUGCCAGCGGCGUCGCAAAGGUCGGCUCUACAGUGCAAAUCAACACUGUGCACGAUGCCAACAAGCAAACGUAUGUUGUUUACGUGAACGGCAACGAGUCGUUCACGACAAGUGCCCCUGGCGGCAGCUUUUAUGACAAGUGCGGUGCCUACACGAGCGAUAGCGGCUCAGGCGCCAUCACCGUCACCUGGAGUAACGUCGAGUUUUGGACUCAGUAG